AUGAACACAAUAGCACUGUUCUCGUCUUCAAUGGUUCAGCCCUUAAUCAUAUUGCCAUGAACUCCACGCUUCCCCUUUCUCAAUCACCCCAAAUAACUCAACCCAUUUUACCCUCUUCUCCUAAUAAACUCCCUAUCAAACGCAAAGCAACCGACGACCCCUUUACCUCCGCCGCCGGCGAAGGUGGUGGUGCCAAUGGAGGAGUCGGAGAAAUGGGUUCGGACCCAAAACCCCCACCAUUCAAAUUUCAUCGAAUAUGGACUGAACCGGAUGAGAUCCGGUUUCUUCAAGGUCUACUUGAUGGGUCAUCGGAAAAUCUCUUCUUCCCUCGUGAUCUUAAUGUUUUCUAUACUCGUUUUUCGAACACUAUGUCGCAGCCUUAUACGAAAUCUCAGCUUUCAGAGAAGCUUCGUAGGCUUCGGAAGAAGUUUCGGGUUAUUUCUUCUCGUUUGAGUAAAGGGUUAGAUAGGUCGUUGUUGUCUCCUCAUGAUCGUGCUUUGUAUGAUCUUUCGAAACAGCUAUGGCAUCCUGAUUUUUCUGAUACGUCGCCUUUUAACGCUGAGAAAUCGAAGAAAUCGAAUUUGGUUGGGGUUGUUAAGGUUAGUUUUUUGCCGAAUAUUUAUGACCCGGAUCGAUAUGGUAUUGUUCCCUACCAAGAUGGGAAUGGGUCGACAUGUAAUGGGGUUUCAAUGAAUGAGGAAGUGGAACAUGGUGAAGAUGAAGCGAAUGAUGGUAAUAUUGAGUUUGAUGAUGAAGAUGGGAAAUUAAGUGAGGUGAAUGUGGAAUUGGAUAGAGGGGAGAUAGGGGAUGAACGGGUUGAAUUUAGUCGUGUGAAUGGUCCGGUUCGGGUUGGAGUAGGAUUUGGUGCAGGGGAUAUUGCUGCAAAAGUGGUGAUGGAUGUGUUUGAUGAGUGUUUGAAAGAUUUUAGAAAUGGUGUUGUUGGAGAAAGAUCAAAUCUUGGUGGUAUUUUGAAGGAAGCAAGUUCGGACGAGUUUGUGGAGAGGUGGAAGGAACAAAGAGUCGCGGAGUUGAACGUAUUGGCAAGUCGUCUGAGGUUGGUUCUUGAGCAUUCUCUUCAAAGUCUAUGAGUAAAUGUGUUAAACUGUAUAUGGAGUUUAGUGCUAACUUUUUUUGAGUUUGAGUUUAGAUUUCCGUAGUAGUUUUUUUCGCUCAUACAGUAGUAUUACUACCUUUUGUUCAAGAAAUUUUGUAAAUUUUUGUUCAAAAGAAGAUAUUUCUUUCUAA